AUGGCCAAGCACGACUAUCCGUACAAGAAGAGCGUUAACGUCACCGCUUGGAUCUUACAGAUCUUGGUGUGCUUAGUGCUCCUAGCUGCGUCGGCGUGGUUUUUAUGGAUUUCAGAGCAGCAAAAUCUUGACGAGAUCUUGGGUGAUUAUAAUGGAAUUUUCACUGCCUCCGCCGGCCUUCAAAUCGGCAUUACCGGCCUUAAUAUCGUCAUGAACAUAGUCGAGAUUAUCCUAAUCUCCAAGAAGCGAAUGCCGCCAGCGUUAUUCCUUACGAGCACCUGCAUCAAGACCGCAAUCUGGGGUAUCAUCUUCAUACUGAACGUGAUCGCACGCUCUGCUCUCUCCAUUAUCCUGACUAUAGUCCUAUUUGCGACAUCUUUAAUCCAACUUAUCCACGCAUCAAUCAUCGUCCACCGCAAGCGACGCGGGACCCUAACGCGGGGAAAAUACGCACCCGCUAUUAACCCGCAGGGCUUCGAGGAGGGCGUAUAUGCCCAGCCGACGCCGGGGUACUACUACCCACCCCCCACCAACACCGAAUACAAAUCGCCCGCUGCGACACCUCCGCCGCCCCAGUAUGGAAACCCGGCAGGAGAUGUCUACGCACCGCAGAUACCCCCGGGCUCCUACGAGCUCGAUAGCCGAGGCCGAAACCAUUAA